UGUAUUACUACCUGAGUAUUUUUUCAUUUUUGCAAUGAUUUGUUGUCACCUGUUUCGUCGAAUACUUAACAGAAGAGAAGCCAGAAUAAGGCUUUAGUAAUAUGAGUGACUUUAAUAUCCCAAUCAUCGAACCAACAGUUGAUUACACAAAGAUCCCACCAAUCAACCAAAAGAGAACAAUAGCUUUUAUGAAUCAUUUUAUCGCUCAUACAGUAACCUAUUUGAAUAAAUUUGCACUUUCGUGUGAAGAAAAGCUUUUCGAAUUUGAAAACAAAAUACAAAAAGUUGAAGCUACAUUGGCAAUCUUAGAAGCUAAGUUAUCAACCAUUCCUGAUGCAGAGGGUGAGCAAACUACAGACGGCAAUGUCAACGAGACUACGACCAACGGUGAAGAAGUUAAAACUGUAGAAACUAAGGGAGAAACCGAUGAACCUGAUAAUCAAGUUCCUGACAAACCUCCAGUUGAAGAGACUGAUACUCAACCAGUAAGUGCAGAUCCACAAUAUGCCAAGUACUUCAAAAUGAUUCAUUUUGGCGUACCUAAACAAGCUAUCAAGUUAAAAAUGGAGCAAGAAGGGUUGGAUUCAUCAGUGUUAGAGUAA